UGAGGUGGCAUGCGAUUGCGGUCUGCCUCAUGGCGCCUUAGAUGUACCAUCUCCUCCAACUUUUGAUAUCACACACAUAUUCAGCAAUUCCUGAUCAGCAAUAAGUUUGUUCACAAUGGAGGACACAGCUGACAGGACCUCAUCUGUGGAUGGACUGUUGGGCCACCCGCUGGUGCUGGUGGUGGUGUCGGCACUCUGGGGGUUCACCAACCCGCUGCUCAAGCGCAACAGUGAGGGACUCGAGGACAUCCAGGAGUCGGGCCGCCUGCGACAGCUCGCCGCCGAGAUUAAGUUCCUGGCCACCAACUGCCGAUACGUUGCUGCGUUUGUUACCAACCAGCUGGGAUCUGUCCUAUACUUCGUUGCCCUCGGCGCUGCUGAUCUUUCGCUGGCGUCUCCGAUCACCAGCGCGCUGACAUUUUUGUUUACACACAUCUGCGGCGUCCUGCUGGGGGAGCCCAUUGGAAAUAAAGCGCUGACGUACAGUGGCGUGGUGUGCGUCAUACUGGGCGUCAGUCUCUGCAUGCUGGACAAGAGGACUCUGACAGCUGCCAAGCGACGACAAGCUCAGAUGCAGGCUCGCGGCAAGUUCGGAGGAGUCCUGGGCUGUUUAUCAGACUUCGCGACCCUGGACGCCCACCGCGGAAUCCGACGCAACGGCGCCUAA